AUGCCAUUCCAGUCUCUUGACGCACUUCUACAUCUAAGACAAGAAUUUUCACAAAUUGAUUCAGUCUAUGUUUUCUAUUCAAAUGAAAUGGACACUGCUAAAGAUGUCGAAGUAUCUUCUGGAGUUUACACAAAUAUUGAAUCAUUAUGUAAUCAUUUACGUCAAGUACCAACUAUACAACGUGAUCGCCGAGAAGGAUUUUUGCGUGAUGAUUUUACUCUCUCCUCAUUGUCUCGUGCAGCUCUUCCUUCUACUCCUUCACCUUCCACCAGUCAACUUCUGCCCUCACCAUUGACCGAUAUUACUACUAACCGGCAGGAGGCCGAAUUUAUGUAUGCACAAUUUUUACGAGAUAUUCUGGUUGAAAUGGAAUCCACAGAAGAGGAAAUGAUCGAAUUUUGUCGCGAAAAAUGUGCCAGUAAUAAAACAGAAUUGAAUGUUGUCGAUGAAUUUGAAGCUUAUUAUGAUGUAAUAAAUGCUAUCUUUUGGUACACACGCGACACAUUUCUCUAUCGUCUUUUGAACAGAGCACUGAGAGAACAGGAUGUUGAUAUACUUUAUUCACUACGUUACUUUAUCAAAGAUCUUCACCUACAGCUAAAACAAAGACACGCCUCACAACAACAGACAUCGACAAUACAUGGUCCUCCUCCUACUACUAGUGCUGCAGCGGAACAAAUCAUAGAAACGGUUUAUCGAGGACAGUUGAUGGAUAACGAAGAAUUCGACAAGAAAAUACGACACAAUACAGGAGGCUUCUUCUCCGUCAGCAGUUUUUUAUCAACAACUUUACAUAAAAAUUUGGCCACUGUGUACGCUGGUAAUCGAAGCAACAACAAAACGCCUUCAGAACAAAGUGUUUUGUUUCAAAUCGACAUUGAUAAAAUUGUCAAUAAAUUUCCCUAUGCAAAUAUUUCGUCAGAAAGUGCAUUUGACAAAGAGGAAGAUGAAAUUUUAUUUACAAUGGGAGCCGUGUUUCGAAUAGAGUCAAUUGAUUUGAGUGAUGAAGGUAUUUGGAAUGUUAAACUGAAGCUCACUGGCGAAGAAGAUGAAGAGCUAAGAAAACUAACUGAGCAUAUAAGAGAAGAUGUAUUGUCUACGAGUCCUCUUGGUAGUUUGGCAAGAAUGAUGAUGGAGAUGGCAAAGUAUGAUAAAGCCGAAAAGUACCACCUUUUACUACUCGAAGAUCCAACAAACACUGAAGAUUUCAAAACAUUGUCUGCUAUCUACAAUAAUCUUGGAUACAUUCAUAAUGGUAUGGGUCGAGUAGCAAAAGCAAUUGAAUACUAUGAAAAUGCACUUGAUAUCAAACUCAAACAUUUACCUGCAAAUGAUUCAUCUCUAGCAUCUGGAUAUAAUAAUCUAGCAAACAUCUAUCGUCAACAAAGUGAAUAUGAAAAAGCUCUAUCGUAUUUUCACAAAGCAAUUGCCAUAGAUCUAAAUGCAGUAAAUCCAAAUCCAAAUAAAAUUGCAAAUCGUUACAAUAAUAUUGGACUUGUCUACCAUGCACAACAACGUUAUUCAGAAGCAUUGGCGAUGUUUGAACAAUGUUUAAACAUACAAUCCGAAGCUCUGCCAUCUAAUCACCCAGGAAUUGCAACUUCUCACAGUAACAUCUCACAAGUAUACCAUUCGCUCGCUGACUAUGAAAAAACCAUAGAAUAUUUAAAUCGAACACUUCAAAUUCAAAUCAAUUCACUUCCACCAAAUCAUCCAGACAUAGCAAGAACCUAUAACAAUUUAGGUCAGGCAUAUGACAGACAAGGCAAACUCAGAGAAGCAGUAGAAAUGUAUGACAAAUCCUUAGAGAUCGAUCUGAAAAUUCUUCCUCUUAAUCAUCCUACAAUUUUAAUAAUAUACAAUAACAUUUCACUAGUUAUUAAUUCCCUCCGUGACUAUGAUAAAGCAAUUGAAUGUUUAAACCCAACGCUUCAAAUUGAAUUAGAUUCACUGUCAUCCAAUCAUACAGAAUUAGCAGGAAUCUAUCAUAAUUUAGCUAACGCAUACUAUCAUACAGGUAAACUCAAAGAAGCAUUAGAAAUAAAUAAAAAGUCUCUCGAGAUUCGAUUAAAAGUUCUACCGACUAAUCAUCCUGACCUAGCAGCAUCUUACAAUAACAUCUCACAAGUUUACGAUUCACUCGGUAACUAUAAUAGAGCAAUUGAAUAUCUAGACCAAACACUUCAAGUUCAAAUAAGUUCACAUCCGCCAGAUUAUCCAGUUUUAGCAUCAACUUAUAACAAUUUGGCUGGAGCAUUGUACAAACAAGGUGAAUUUGAUGAAGCAUUAAAAUUGUAUAAAAAAUCUCUCGAAAUUCGAUUGCAAGCUCUGCCAACCAAUCAUCCUGACAUAGCAAUGUCUUACAAUAACAUCUCACAAGUUUAUGAUUCGAUAGGCAUUCAUGAAGAAUCAAUUUUCUAUUCAAACAAAUUACUUCAAAUACAGUUGCAUACACUUCCAUCAGAUCAUACCGAUUUUGCAAGAACAUAUAACAACUUAGGUCUGUCAUAUUACAAUCAAGGUAAACUUGAAGAAGCAUUAGUAAUGCAUGACAAAUCUCUAAAAAUACGAUUGAAUGGUCUGCCGACUAAUUAUCCGGACAUAGCAAAAUCUUACUAUAACAUAUCAUUAGUUCACUGUAAACAAGGUGAUAAUGAGAAAGUAAUUGAAUAUUUAAAUAAGACACUUGAAAUUGAACUACUUUCACUACCAGCAAAUCAUCCAGAUUUAGCUAAAACCUAUGACACUUUGGCCGGAGCACUAUAUGAACAAGGGAAAUUUAAAGAAGCAUUAGAAACUAUGAUGAAGAGUUAUGAUAUUAAUUCAAAAUAUUUAUCGUCUGAUCAUCCAGAAAUAAUCGACAAUCUAGAAAAAAUUGAUUUUCUUACAAAUAGCUACGAGCAGUGGCGGCGCAGUGGCGGUGAACCAGGGAGGCAUUCAGAAGCAAUUGUUUCCCUUAAAUAA